GUAAGUGUAAGCACCCAAACAGCUUCAGAUGAUCAGGCUGGUAAAUUAUGGGAUGAACUCAGUCUGGUUGGUCUUCCAGAUGCCAUUGAUGUCCAAGCCUUAUUUGAUCCUACAGGCACUUGUUGGGCUCAUCACCGUUGUGUGGAGUGGUCACUGGGAGUAUGCCAGGUGGAAGAACCGUUAUUAGUGAACGUGGACAAAGCUGUUGUCUCAGGGAGCACAGAACGAUGUGCAUUUUGUAAGCACCUUGGAGCCACUAUCAAAUGCUGUGAAGAGAAGUGUACCCAAAUGUACCAUUAUCCCUGUGCUGCUGGAGCUGGCACUUUUCAGGAUUUCAGUCAUUUCUCCCUUCUUUGUCCAGAACACAUUGACCAAGCUCCUGAAAGAUCAAAGGAAGAUGCAAACUGUGCAGUGUGCGACAGCCCGGGAGACCUCUUAGAUCAGUUCUUUUGUACCACUUGUGGUCAGCACUAUCAUGGAAUGUGCCUGGAUAUAGCGGUUACUCCAUUAAAACGUGCAGGUUGGCAAUGUCCUGAGUGCAAAGUGUGCCAGAACUGCAAACAAUCGGGAGAAGAUAGCAAGAUGCUAGUGUGUGAUACGUGUGACAAAGGGUAUCAUACUUUUUGUCUUCAACCAGUUAUGAAAUCAGUACCAACCAAUGGCUGGAAAUGCAAAAAUUGCAGAAUAUGUGUAGAGUGUGGCACACGUUCUAGUUCUCAGUGGCACCAUAAUUGCCUGAUAUGUGACAAUUGUUACCAACAGCAGGACAACUCAUGUCCUUUCUGUGGGAAGUGCUACCAUCCAGAAUUGCAGAAAGACAUGCUUCAUUGUAAUAUGUGCAAAAGAUGGGUUCACUUAGAAUGUGACAAACCAACAGAUCAUGAACUGGAUUCUCAGCUCAAAGAAGAGUAUAUUUGCAUGUAUUGUAAACACUUAGGAGCUGAGAUGGAUCCAUUGCAGCCAGGUGAUGAAGUGGAGAUGGCUGAGCUCACCACAGAUUAUAACAAUGAAAUGGAAGUUGAAGGACCUGAAGACCAAAUGGUAUUUCUGGAGCAAGCAGUUAAUAAAAAUGUCAAUGGUCAGGAGUCCACACCUGGAAUUGUUCCAGAUGCAGUUCAAGUUCACACUGAAGAGCAACAGAAGAGUAAUUCACCAGAAAGCCUUGACACAGAUGGUCUUCUCAUUUCUGAAUCAUCCCCAAAUAAAAUGAACACUGAAUUGGAAACUCAGAUUUCUCAUGAAGUCAAGAGUGAAAAAAUGGAAAUGUCUUCUAAAGCGAUGCAUGUUUGUCAUGAAGAUCAAGAUGAAGACAAAAUGGAAGUGACAGAAAACAUUGAGGUCCCUGCACACCAGCUCAUUGUGCAGCAGGAGGAGCUGCAGUUGUUAGAGGAUCCUAAAGCAGUGGUAUCCAAAGAAGAAUCAAGGCCUCCAAAAUUAACCACAGACUCUGUCACUGUUCCACCAGAAACCUUAGUGUCCCCGCGUGAGGAAAGAACUCUGUUACAUUCUAAUGAACAGUUGGUUAUGGAAAGGGUACAAGAAGAAAUGGAACAGAAAGAAAAUUCUGAAUUUUCCACUGGGUUUAUGAACUUUGAAAUGACUCCUGCAACUGAGAGUUGUAUGAAAGAUGACUCAGGCCAAGGAGACAAAUCUAUAAAAUCAUCAUCUGAGACAGACUCAUUGUUUUCAUCGUCAGCAGACACGAGCAAGGCAUAUGUGUCUUCCUCUCCCACCCGCUCUUCAGACUUGCCUUCACAUGACAUGCUGCACAGCUGCCCUUCAGCUCUUGGUUCUUCUGCUGGAAGCAUCAUGCCAACCACGUACAUCUCAGUCACUCCCAAAAUUGGCAUGGGUAAACCAGCUAUUACGAAAAGAAAAUUUUCUCCUGGUAGACCUCGGUCCAAACAGGGGGCUUGGAGUACCCAUAAUACAGUGAGCCCACCUUCCUGGUCCCCAGACAUUUCAGAAGGUCGGGAAAUUUUUAAACCCAGGCAGCUUCCUGGCAGUGCCAUUUGGAGCAUCAAAGUGGGCCGUGGGUCUGGAUUUCCGGGGAAGCGGAGACCUCGUGGUGCAGGACUCUCAGGACGUGGAGGCAGAGGAAGGUCAAAACUCAAAAGUGGAAUUGGAGCUGUUGUGUUGCCUGGGGUGUCUGCUGCAGAUAUUUCAUCAAAUAAGGAUGAAGAAGAAAACUCUAUGCACAACACAGUUGUGUUGUUUUCUAGUAGUGACAAGUUCACCUUGCAUCAGGAUAUGUGUGUAGUUUGUGGCAGUUUUGGCCAAGGAGCAGAAGGAAGAUUACUUGCCUGUUCUCAGUGUGGCCAGUGUUACCAUCCAUACUGUGUCAGUAUUAAGAUCACUAAAGUGGUUCUAAGCAAAGGUUGGAGGUGUCUUGAGUGCACUGUGUGUGAGGCCUGUGGGAAGGCGACUGACCCAGGAAGACUCCUGCUGUGUGAUGAUUGUGACAUAAGUUAUCACACCUACUGCCUAGACCCUCCAUUGCAGACAGUGCCCAAAGGAGGCUGGAAGUGCAAAUGGUGUGUGUGGUGCAGACACUGUGGCGCAACAUCUGCAGGUCUGAGAUGCGAAUGGCAAAACAAUUACACACAGUGUGCUCCUUGUGCAAGCUUGUCUUCCUGCCCGGUCUGCUAUCGAAACUAUAGAGAAGACGACCUUAUUCUGCAAUGUAGACAAUGUGAUAGAUGGAUGCAUGCAGUUUGUCAAAACUUAAAUACUGAGGAGGAAGUGGAAAAUGUAGCAGACAUUGGUUUUGAUUGUAGCAUGUGCAGACCCUAUAUGCCUGCGUCAAAUGUGCCUUCCUCAGACUGCUGUGAGCCUUCACUUGUAGCACAAAUUGUCACAAAAGUAAAAGAGCUAGAUCCACCUAAGACCUACACCCAGGAUGGUGUGUGUUUGACCGAAUCAGGGAUGACUCAGUUACAGAGCCUCACAGUUACAGUUCCAAGAAGAAAACGGUCAAAACCAAAAUUAAAAUUGAAGAUUAUAAAUCAGAAUAGCGUGGCUGUCCUUCAGACCCCUCCAGACAUCCAAUCAGAGCAUUCCAGGGACGGUGAAAUGGAUGAUAGUCGAGAAGGAGAACUUAUGGAUUGUGACGGAAAAUCAGAAUCGAGUCCUGAGCGAGAAGCUGUGGAUGAUGAAACUAAGGUAGUAGAAGGAGCAGAUGGUGUCAAAAAGAGGAAAAGGAAACCAUACAGGCCAGGUAUCGGCGGAUUUAUGGUACGGCAAAGAAGUCGAACUGGGCAAGGAAAGACCAAAAGAUCUGUGAUCAGAAAAGAUUCCUCAGGCUCCAUUUCUGAGCAGUUGCCUACCAGAGAUGAUGGCUGGAGUGAGCAGUUACCAGAUGCUCUAGUUGACGAAGCUGUCUCCAUUACUGAAAGCACUGAAAAAAUAAAGAAGAGAUACCGAAAAAGGAAAAAUAAGCUUGAAGAAACUUUCCCUGCCUAUUUACAAGAAGCUUUCUUUGGAAAAGAUCUUCUAGAUACAAGUAGACAAAACAAGCUAAGUUUUGAUAAUCUAUCAGAAGAUGCAGCUCAGCUUUCAUAUAAAACGAACCUGAAUGCAGGUUUCUUGGAUCCUUCCUUAGAUCCACUACUUAGUUCAUCCUCAGCUUUGGCAAAAUCUGGAACUCAAGGUACUGCUGAUGAUCCACUAGCUGAUAUUUCUGAAGUUUUAAACACAGAUGAUGACAUUCUCGGAAUAAUUUCAGAUGACCUAGCAAAAUCAGUUGAUCAUUCAGAUAUUGGUCCUGUAGCUGAUGAUCCUUCCUCUUUGCCUCAGCCAAGUAUCAGUCAGAGUUCACGACCAUUAAGUGAAGAGCAACUAGAUGGAAUCCUCAGUCCUGAACUAGACAAAAUGGUCACAGAUGGAGCAAUUCUUGGAAAGUUGUAUAAAAUUCCAGAACUUGGAGGAAAGGAUGUUGAAGAUUUGUUUACUGCUGUGCUUAGUCCUGCAACCACUCAGCCAACCUCACUACCACAGCCUCCCCCUCCACCGCAGCUGUUGUCAAUACACAAUCAGGAUGUUUUUUCACGGAUGCCCCUCAUGAAUGGCCUUAUUGGACCUAGUCCUCAUCUCCCACAUAAUUCUUUGCCUCCUGGAAGCGGACUGGGAACUUUCUCUGCUAUAGCACAAUCCCCUUAUACUGAUGCCAGGGAUAAAAACUCCUCAUUUACUCCCAUGGCUAGUGAUCCUAACAGCUCUUGGGUAUCAUCUGCUCCCACUGUGGAAGGAGAAAAUGAUACGAUGUCGAAUGCCCAGAGAAGCACACUUAAGUGGGAAAAAGAGGAGGCCCUGGGUGAAAUGGCCACAGUAGCACCAGUCCUCUACACGAACGUUAAUUUCCCCAACUUAAAGGAAGAAUUCCCUGACUGGACUACUAGAGUGAAGCAAAUUGCUAAGUUGUGGAGGAAAGCAAGCUCACAGGAAAGAGCACCAUACGUGCAAAAAGCGAGAGAUAACAGAGCUGCAUUACGCAUUAAUAAAGUACAGAUGUCAAAUGAUUCCAUGAAAAGGCAGCAACAGCAAGACAGCAUUGAUCCUAGCUCUCGUAUUGAUUCAGAUCUUUUUAAAGAUCCAUUAAAGCAAAGAGAAUCGGAACACGAACAGGAAUGGAAAUUUAGACAGCAAAUGCGUCAGAAAAGUAAGCAGCAAGCUAAAAUUGAAGCCACGCAAAAACUGGAGCAGGUAAAAAACGAGCAGCAGCAACAGCAGCAGCAGCAGCAGCAACAGCAGCAGCAGUUUAGUUCUCAGCACCUUCUGGUGCAGUCUGGUUCUGAUACACCAAGUAGUGGAAUGCAGAGCCCCUUGACACCUCAGCCUGGCAAUGGAAAUAUGUCUCCUGCACAGUCAUUCCAUAAAGACCUGUUUACAAAACAGCUACCCAACACCCCUACUUCUACAUCUGCAGAUGAUGUGUUUGUAAAACCACAAGCUCCACCUCCUCCUCAAACCCCGUCCCGAAUUCCCAUUCAGGAGAGUCUUUCUCAGUCUCAGACUUCUCAGCCGACUUCACCGCAAAUGUUUUCAACUGGAUCUUCUAACUCCCGACCACCAUCUCCUGUGGAUCCUUAUGCAAAAAUGGUUGGUACCCCUAGACCACCUACUGGGGGCCAUGGUUUUCCCAGAAGAAGUUCUGUUGCGCCAGUGGAAAACUGUGUGCCUUUAUCAUCAGUAUCUAGGCCCAUUCAAAUGAGUGAGGCAGCAGCAGAUAGGCCAUCCCCAGUUAGAGAUUUAUGUUCUUCCUCCACGACAAAUAGUGACCCCUAUGCAAAGCCUCCAGACACACCCAGGCCUGUGAUGACAGAUCAGUUUCCCAAACCCUUGGGCCUACCCCGGUCUCCUGUAGUUUCAGAACAAACUGCAAAAGGUCCUCUAGCAGCUGGAACCAAUGAUCACUUUACUAAACCACCUCCUAGGGCAGAUGUGUUUCAAAGACAACGGAUAUCUGACCCAUACACACGGCCCUUGUUGACACCUGCACCUCUUGAUAGUGGUCAUAGUGGUCCUGGACCUUUCAAGACUCCAAUGCAGCCUCCUCCAUCCUCUCAGGAUCCCUAUGGGUCAGUGUCACAGGCAUCAAGGCGAUUGUCUAUAGACCCUUAUGAUAGACCUACUUUGACACCAAGACCUGUAGAUAAUUUUUCUCAUAGUCAGUCAAAUGAUCCAUAUAGCCAGCCACCCCUAACCCCACAUCCAGUGAUGAGUGAAUCCUUCGCCCAUCCUUCAAGGGCUUUUUCCCAGCCUGGAACCUUAUCAAGGCCAACAUCUCAGGACCCCUAUUCCCAGCCCCCAGGAACUCCACGACCUGUUGUAGAUUCUUAUUCCCAACCCUCAGGAACAGCUCGGUCCAAUCCAGACCCUUAUUCUCAACCUCCUGGAACUCCCCGGCCUACCACUAUUGAUCCAUAUAGUCAGCAGCCACCAACCCCAAGGCCAUCUACACAGACAGACUUGUUUGUUUCAUCUGCAACUAAUCAGAGGCACUCUGAUCCAUACGCUCAUCCUCCUGGAACACCUAGACCUGGAAUUUCUGUUCCUUACACUCAGCCACCAGCAACACCAAGGCCAAGGAUUUCAGAGAGUUUUCCUAGGUCCUCAAUUACAAGACCAGUCCGCCUGCCAAAUCAAGAUCCUUUCCUACAAACAGCCCAAAACCGAGGACCAGCUUUACCUGGCCCUUUGGUAAGGGCACCCGAUACGUGUUCCCAAACACCUCGGCCACCAGGACCUGGUCUGUCAGACACAUUCAGCCGAGUUUCCCCAUCUGCUGCUCGUGAUCCCUAUGAUCAGCCUCCAAUGACUCCAAGAUCUCAGUCUGACUCUUUUGGAACAAGUCAAGUUACUCAUGAUGUUGCUGAUCAGCCAAGGCCUGGAUCGGAGGGGAACUUCAGCACAUCUUCAAACUCUCCAAUGAAUUCUCAAGGCCAACAAUUUUCCAGUGUCUCCCAACUGCCUGGACCUGUACCGACUUCAGGAGUAGCUGAUACACACAAUACUGUAAAUAUGUCUCAAGCAGAUACAGAGAAACUGAGACAGCGGCAGAAGUUACGUGAAAUCAUUCUUCAUCAGCAACAGCAGAAGAAGAUUGCAGGUCGACAGGAAAAGGGGACUCAGGAUUCACCAGCAGUGCCUCAUCCCGGACCCCUUCAACACUGGCAACCCGAGAAUAUCAACCAGGCUUUCUCUAGACCUCCACCUCCCUAUCCUGGGAGCAUUCGGUCUCCCAUUGUCCCUCCUCUAGGACCUAGAUAUGCUGUUUUCCCAAAAGAUCAGCGUGGACCCUAUCCUCCUGAUGUUGGUGGUAUGGGAAUGAGACCUCAUGGAUUUAGAUUUGGUUUUCCAGGAGGUAGCCAUGGUACCAUGUCAACUCAGGAACGCUUCCUUGUGCCUCCUCAACAAAUACAAGGACCUGGAGUUCCUCCACAGUUAAGAAGAUCAAUAUCUGUAGAUAUGCCUAGGCCUUUAAAUAACUCACAAAUGAGUAAUCCGGUUGGACUUCCUCAGCAUUUUCCACCACAGAGUCUGCCAGUUCAGCAGCAUAACAUACUGGGCCAAGCAUUUAUUGAACUGAGGCAUAGGGCGCCUGACGGAAGGCCACAGCCGCAUUUCAGUUCUUCCCCUGGCAAUGUUAUAGAGACACCUUCUCAUUCAAGACAUGGAAACUUCAUUCCCCGGCCAGACUUUGCAGGCCCUAGACCUACAGACCCCAUGAGACGACCUCCCCAAGGUCUACCUAAUCAGCUUCCUGUGCAUCCAAAUUUGGAACAAGUGACACCAUCUCAGCAAGAGCAAGGUCAUCCUGUUCAUUCAUCUUCUAUGGUCAUGAGGUCUCUCAGUCAUCCCUUAGGUGGUGAAUUUUCAGAGGCUCCUCUGUCAACAUCUACACCAGCUGAAACAACAUCUGAUAGUUUACAGAUAACCAGUCAAUCUUCUGAGGGUCUCGAAGAAAAACUCGAUUCUGAUGAUCCUGCUGUGAAAGAACUGGAUGUGAAAGAUCUUGAGGGGGUUGAAGUCAAAGAUUUGGAUGAUGAAGAUCUUGAAAAUUUAAAUUUAGAUACCGAGGAUGGCAAGGGAGAUGAAUUGGAUACUUUAGGUAAUUUGGAAACUAAUGAUCCCAACUUGGAUGACCUUUUAAGGUCAGGAGAGUUUGAUAUCAUUGCGUAUACAGAUCCAGAACUUGACCUAGGAGAUAAGAAAAGCGUGUUUAAUGAAGAACUAGACCUUAAUGUUCCAAUUGAUGAUAAGUUAGAUAAACAGUGUGUAUCUGUUGACCCCCCAAAAAAGGAGCAAGAAGACAAAACUGUGGUUCUUCCUGAUAAACAUUCGCCACAGAAAAAAUCUACUGUUACUAAUGAGAUAAAAACAGAAGUACUAUCUCCAGGUUCUAAAGAGGAAGCCAGAUGUGAAGUUGAAAAAAGUGGUGAGACUAAGGACAAUGUUGGCACUCUCUGCUCACAGGCAUCUGCUCAAACAGACCUAAAUGAGGGAGAAAAGACUUCUGUGCAGCCUUGUGAUCCAGAUCUACUUGAGAAAAGAACUAAUCAAGAAACUGCUGGCUCCAGUGCAAACGUCAUUCAAGGAUCCACUCAAGUGCCUGCUCAAGACGUGAUAAACUCUUGUGGCAUAACUGGAUCAACUCCAGUCCUGUCAAGUUUACUUGCUAAUGAAAAGUCUGAUAAUUCAGACAUUAGGCCAUUGGGAUCUCCACCACCAACUCUGCCAGCCUCACCAUCUACUCAUGUGUCGAGUUUGCCUUCUACUUUACUGGCCCCACCUGGCCAUGUUUUGGAUAAUACAGUGAAUUCUAAUGUAACUGUGGUCUCUAGGGUAAAUCAUGCUUUUUCUCAGGGUGUGCAGGUAAAUCCAGGAUUUAUUCAGGGUCAGUCGAUAGUUACCCACAAUUUGGGGACAGGAAAACCUACAAAUCAAACUAUGCCUCUAACAAGUCAGUCUGUACCCCAGCAGCUAAUGAUUCCUCAAACAUUAGCCCAGCAGAAUAGAGAGAGGCCCCUCCUUCUAGAGGAACAACCCCUACUUCUGCAGGAUCUUUUGGAUCAAGAGAGGCAAGAACAGCAGCAGCAAAGACAGAUGCAAGCCAUGAUUCGGCAGCGGUCAGAACCGUUCUUCCCUAACAUUGAUUUUGAUGCAAUUACAGAUCCUAUAAUGAAAGCCAAAAUGGUGGCCCUUAAAGGCAUAAAUAAAGUGAUGGCACAGAACAACCUGGGCAUGCCGCCAAUGGUGAUGAGCAGGUUCCCCUUUAUGGGCCAGUCAGUGGCUGGAACACAGACCAGUGAGGGCCAGAACCUCGUCACACAGGCAAUGUCUCAGGAUGGCAGUAUAACACAUCAGAUUUCUAGGCCUAAUCCUCCAAAUUUUGGUCCAGGCUUUGUCAAUGAUUCACAGCGUAAGCAGUAUGAAGAAUGGCUUCAGGAAACCCAACAGCUUCUUCAAAUGCAGCAGAAAUAUCUUGAAGAACAAAUUGGUGCACACAGAAAAUCUAAGAAGGCCCUUUCAGCUAAACAGCGUACUGCCAAGAAAGCUGGGCGUGAAUUUCCAGAAGAGGAUGCAGAACAACUCAAGCAUGUUACUGAACAGCAAAGUAUGGUUCAGAAACAGCUAGAACAGAUUCGUAAACAACAAAAAGAGCAUGCCGAGUUGAUUGAAGAUUAUCGGAUCAAACAGCAACAACAGCAGCAGCAAUGUGCAAUGGCCCCACCUGCCGUAAUGCCUGGCAUACAGUCCCAGCCACCCCUAGUUCCAGGUGCCCCUCCACCCACCAUGAGCCAACCCAGCUUUCCCAUGGUGCCACAGCAGCUGCAGCACCAGCAGCACACAGCAGUCAUUUCUGGCCACACCAGCCCUGCUAGAAUGCCCAGUUUACCUGGAUGGCAACCUACCAAUGCUCCUGCUCACCUCCCCCUCAAUCCUCCUAGGAUUCAGCCCCCAAUUGCCCAGUUACCAAUAAAAACUUGCACACCAGCCCCAGGGACAGUGUCAAAUGCAAAUCCACAGAGUGGACCAUCACCUCGGGUAGAAUUUGAUGACAACAACCCCUUUAGUGAAAGUUUUCAAGAACGGGAGCGGAAGGAACGUUUACGAGAACAGCAAGAAAGACAACGAAUCCAACUCAUGCAAGAAGUAGACAGACAAAGAGCUUUGCAGCAGAGGAUGGAAAUGGAGCAGCAUGGCAUGAUGGGCUCAGAGCUAAGUGGUAGGACAUCUGCGCCCCAGAUUCCAUUCUACAGCUCUGACCUACCUUGUGAUUUUAUGCAACCUUCAAGACCCCUUCAGCAGUCUCCACAACACCAGCAGCAAAUGGGGCAGGUUUUACAGCAGCAGAAUGUCCAGCAAGGCUCUAUUAAUUCACCCCCCACCCAAACUUUCAUGCAAACCAAUGAGCGAAGGCAGGUAGGACCUCCCUCAUUUGUUCCUGAUUCGCCAUCAAUUCCUGGUGGAAGCCCCAAUUUCCAUUCUGUUAAGCAGGGACAUGGAAGUCUUUCUGGGACCAGCUUCCAGCAGUCACCAGCAAGGCCUCCUUUUACACCUGCUUUACCUGCAGCACCGCCAGUAGCCACCAACAGUCUCCCAUGUGGCCAAGACCCUGCUGUGACCCAUGGACAAAGUUAUCCGGGAUCAACCCAGUCUCUCAUUCAGUUGUACUCUGAUAUAAUCCCAGAAGAAAAAGGGAAAAAGAAAAGAACAAGAAAAAAGAAAAAAGAUGAUGAUGCAGAAUCCACCAAGGCACCCUCAACUCCGCAUUCAGAUAUAACUGCUCCCCCAACUCCAAGCAUCUCAGAAACUACCUCCACUCCUGCAGUGAGCACACCCAGUGCGCUUCCUCAGCAAGUAGAACAAGAGUCAGUGCAAGCAGUCGGCCCCUUGGCUCCCAGUGUUGCCGCAGGCCAGCUGUGCACAGAAUCAGAAAACAAGCUGCCCAACAGUGAUUUCUCACAAAGAACUCCAAAUCAGCAGACUUACACAAGCUCAGAGGUGGGUAAGCAAUCCACGGAAACCCCUUCUGGAGUCGAAGAGGUAAAGCUGGAGAAGGCUGAGAUGGAGCCACACCCAAGCCAAGAGCAGCCUAAGUUGGAGGAACAAACUAGUAGUAAGGUGCAGGAAAAUGCAGUUGGUCCUGUCUCAGCACAGAGUCCUCCCCGUUCUGUCGGGGCCUCUGGUGUCAAAGGAGAUUCAGGGAAUGAACUUCUGAAGCACUUGCUGAAAAAUAAAAAGUCAUCUUCCCUUGUAAAUCAAAAACCUGAAGGCAGUUUUUGUUCAGAAGAUGACUGUAGAAAGGAUAAAGUAGUUGAGAAGCAGAACCCAGCUGAAGGAUUGCAAACUUUGGGGGCUCAAAUGCAAGGUGGUUUUGGAUGUGGCAACAACCAGUUGCCAAAAACAGAUGGAGGAAGCGAAACCAAGAAACAGCGAAGCAAACGGACUCAGAGGACUGGGGAGAAAGCAGCAACUCGCUCCAAGAAAAGGAAAAAAGAGGAGGACGGGAAACAAACUAUGUACUCUAACACUGACACGUUAACCCAUUGGAAACAGCAGCUCUCUCUGCUCCCUCUCAUGGAACCCAUCAUUGGGGUGAACUUUGCGCACUUUCUUCCUUACGGCAGCGGCCAAUUGAAUAGUGGGAAUCGGCUUCUAGGAGCUUUCGGCAGCGCUGCCCUUGAAGGGGUCUCGGACUACUAUUCUCAGUUGAUCUACAAGCAGAAUAAUUUAAGUAAUCCUCCAACACCCCCUGCCUCUCUUCCUCCUACACCACCUCCUAUGACUUGUCAGAAGAUGGCAAAUGGUUUUGCGACAACUGAAGAACUUGCUGGAAAAGCUGGAGUGUUAGUGAGCCAUGAAGUUACCAAAACUCUAGGACCUAAACCAUUUCAGCUGCCAUUCAGACCACAGGAUGACUUGUUAGCCAGAGCCAUUGCUCAGGGUCCAAAGACAGUUGAUGUUCCAGCUUCACUUCCAACACCACCUCAUAACAAUCAGGAAGAAUUAAGGAUGCAGGAUCACUGUGGAGAUCGGGAUACUCCUGACAGUUUUGUUCCCUCGUCCUCUCCUGAGAGUGUGGUUGGGGUGGAGGUGAGCAGGUAUCCAGAUCUGUCACUGGUCAAAGAGGAGCCUCCGGAGCCGGUGCCUUCCCCCAUCAUUCCAAUUCUUCCUAGCACUGCCGGGAAAAGUUCAGAAUCAAGAAGGAAUGAUGUCAAAACUGAGCCAGGCACUUUAUAUUUUACAUCACCUUUUGGUUCAUCCCCAAAUGGUCCCAGAUCAGGUCUUAUAUCUGUAGCAAUCACCCUGCACCCUACAGCUGCUGAGAACAUUAGCAGUGUUGUCGCUGCAUUUUCCAACCUUCUUCACGUCCGAAUUCCUAACAGCUAUGAGGUUAGUAAUGCUCCAGAGGUUCCAUCUGUGGGUUUGGUCAGUAGCCACAGAGUAAACCCAGGUUUGGACUGUCGACAGCCUUUACUUCUUCGUGGGCCUCCGCCAGGAUCUGCAAACCCUCCCAGAUUGGCAAGCUCUUACCGGCUGAAGCAGCCUAACGUGCCAUUUUCUCCAGCAAGCAAUGGUAUUUCUGGAUAUAAGGAUCCUAGUCACAGUAUCGCAGAAGGUGCAGCACUCAGACCACAGUGGUGUUGUCACUGUAAAGUGGUUAUUCUUGGAAGUGGUGUGCGGAAAUCUUUCAAAGAUCUGACCUUUGUGAACAAGGAUUCCCGAGAAAGCGCCAGGAGAGUGGAGAAGGACAUUGUCUUUUGUAGUAAUAACUGCUUUAUUCUUUAUUCAUCGACUGCACAAGCAAAAAACUCAGAAAUCAAGGAAUCCAUUCCAUCAUUGCCACAGUCCCCCAUGAGAGAGGCACCUUCCAAAGCGUUUCAUCAGUACAGCAACAACAUCUCCACUUUAGACGUGCACUGUCUCCCGCAGCUGCAGGACAGAGCCUCCCCCCCUGCGUCACCACCCAUCGCGUUCCCACCUGCUUUUGAGGCAGCCAGAGUAGAGGCCAAGCCAGAUGAGCUGAAGGUCACAGUCAAGUUAAAGCCUCGGCUGAGAACUGUCCAUGGUGGGUUUGAAGACUGUAGGCCAUUAAAUAAAAAGUGGAGAGGGAUGAAAUGGAAGAAGUGGAGCAUUCAUCUUGUCAUCCCCAAGGGGACAUUUAAGCCACCUUGUGAGGAAGAAAUAGAUGAAUUUCUGAAGAAACUGGGCACUUCCCUCAAACCUGACCCUGUGCCCAAAGACUAUCGCAAGUGUUGCUUUUGUCAUGAAGAAGGUGAUGGCUUGACAGACGGACCAGCAAGGCUCCUCAACCUCGACUUGGAUCUGUGGGUCCACUUGAAUUGUGCUCUGUGGUCCACGGAGGUCUAUGAGACUCAGGCUGGUGCCUUAAUAAACGUGGAGCUAGCGCUGAGGAGGGGCCUGCAAAUGAAAUGUGUCUUCUGUCAUAAGACAGGUGCCACCAGCGGAUGUCACAGAUUUCGAUGCACCAACAUUUAUCACUUUACUUGCGCCAUUAAAGCACAAUGCAUGUUUUUUAAGGACAAAACUAUGCUUUGCCCCAUGCACAAACCAAAGGGAGUUCAUGAGCAGGAACUAAGUUACUUUGCGGUCUUCAGGAGGGUCUAUGUUCAGCGAGAUGAGGUGAGACAGAUUGCUAGCAUCGUGCAGCGAGGAGAACGGGACCACACCUUUCGUGUGGGAAGCCUCAUCUUCCAUACCAUUGGCCAGCUGCUUCCGCAUCAGAUGCAGGCGUUCCACUCUCCGAAAGCCCUCUUCCCCGUGGGCUACGAAGCCAGCCGGCUGUACUGGAGCACGCGCUACGCCAACAGGCGCUGCCGCUACUUGUGCUCCAUCGAGGAGAAGGACGGGCGCCCAGUGUUCGUCAUCAGGAUCGUGGAGCAAGGCCACGAAGAUCUGGUCUUAAGUGACAUGUCACCUAAAGGUGUUUGGGAUAAAAUUUUGGAGCCUGUGGCAUGUGUGAGAAAAAAAUCUGAAAUGCUUCAGCUUUUUCCAGCAUAUUUAAAAGGGGAAGAUCUGUUUGGCCUGACCGUCUCUGCAGUGGCACGGAUAGCUGAAUCACUACCUGGGGUUGAGGCCUGUGAAAACUAUACUUUCCGAUAUGGCCGAAAUCCUCUCAUGGAGCUUCCUCUUGCUGUUAACCCCACAGGUUGUGCCCGUUCUGAACCUAAAAUGAGUGCCCAUGUCAAGAGGUUUGUGUUAAGGCCUCACACCUUGAACAGCACCAGCACCUCCAAGUCAUUUCAGAGCACAGUCACUGGAGAACUGAAUGCACCUUACAGUAAACAGUUUGUCCACUCCAAGUCCUCACAAUACCGGAAAAUGAAGACUGAAUGGAAAUCCAAUGUGUAUCUGGCCCGGUCUCGCAUUCAGGGACUGGGACUAUAUGCUGCUAGAGACAUUGAGAAGCACACUAUGGUCAUUGAAUAUAUCGGGACUAUCAUUCGAAAUGAAGUAGCAAACAGAAAAGAGAAACUUUAUGAGUCUCAGAACCGUGGCGUGUACAUGUUCCGCAUGGAUAACGACCACGUGAUUGAUGCAACGCUCACAGGAGGGCCUGCGAGAUAUAUCAACCAUUCAUGUGCACCUAAUUGUGUGGCUGAAGUGGUGACAUUUGAGAGAGGACACAAAAUUAUCAUCAGCUCCAACCGGAGGAUCCAGAAAGGAGAAGAGCUCUGCUACGACUACAAGUUUGACUUUGAAGACGACCAGCACAAGAUCCCGUGUCACUGUGGGGCCGUGAACUGCCGGAAGUGGAUGAACUGAACGCAUUCCUUGCUGUCCCAGCGGCGGCUUGUCCCGGGAAGAGGUGAUUCAGCACACCAUUGGAAUUGGGCAGACAGAAAGAUAUUUUUGUUUUCUGUUCUAUGACUUUUCGAAAAAUAGCUUCUGGGAGUUCUGAUUUCCUCGGCCCUGGAGGCUGAAGCGGGGCGUGCGGUGGGGCGGAACCCAGAGGGUCCAGCACUUUUGCUUUUGUUCUUUUCUUUUCUUUUUCCUUUUCCUUGUGGGUGGGUUUUGUUUUGUUUUGUUUUGUUUCUAGUCUCACUAAGGAGAAACUUUUACUGGGGCAAAGAGCCGAUGGCUGCCCUGCCCCGGGGCAGGGGCCUUCCUAUGAAUGUAAGACUGAGAUCACCAGCUAAGGGUGUCCGCAGUGCUGGCCGCGGCCUGGCCGGGCAGGGCAGGGCCUCGAACCCAAACGCUUCGGAAUAAAGUAGACACCACUGAACAAGGAAUGUACUGAAUGACUUCCUUAGGGAUAGAGCUAAGGGAUAAUAACUUGCACUAAAAUACACUUAAAUACUUGAUUCCAUGAGUCAGUUUAUUGUAGUUUUUUGAUUUCUGUAAAAUAAGAGAAACUUUUUGUAUUUAUUAUUGAAUAAGUGAAUGAAGCUAUUUUUAAAUAAAAGUUAGAAGAAAGCCAAGCUGCUGCUGUUACCUGCAGAACUAACAAACCCUGUUACUUUGUACAAAUAUGUAAAUAUUUUGAGAAAAAAUACAGUAUAAAAAUAGUUAUUGACCAAAUGCUACCAGGCUCUGCAGCAGCUCGGGUGCUUAUAAAAUGUUCAUAGGGAUGUUACAAUAUAAUUUUGUGUCAUUAAAUAUGCCAUUAUAAUUAUGUAAUAACCAAAAUUUCAACCUGGAGUGUUUGGGGCUUUUUGGAAACUACGAUCUAUUAGUACUUAAUUGUUUUAUACACCUUACUUCUGACAGAACAGACUGUAUGCUACGACUACAACUUUUAUAGCUGUUUUGGUAAUUUAAACUAAUUUUUCAUAUUAUAUUGUUGCAUCCCUACUCCUUCAGUCAGGUUUUUUUGUGCUUACAAUUUGUGAUAACUGUGAAUAACUGCUUAAAAAUACACCCAAAUGGAGGCUGGAUUUUUUCUUCAGCAAAAGUAGUUUUGAUUAGAACUUUGUUUCAGGCCACAAAGAAUCAUGUAAACGUAAUAGGAUCAUGUAGCAGGAACUUAAAUCUAACUCUUUAGCCUUCUAUUUAACACAAAAAUUUUUAAAAGGAAAAAAAAAAAAGAUUGUGACUAUGCUUGCGGCUGCAGGACUCCGGCAAUAGGGUUUUUGGAAGAUGUAAUUUUAAAAUGUGUUUGUAUGGACUGUUUGUUUACAUUUCUUUAAUAAAAAAUAAAAACACUGUUUUGUGUUUGCUUGUAGAAACUUAAUCAGCAUUUUGAACCAGGUUAGCUUUUUAUUUUGUACUUAAAAUUCUGGUACUGACACUUCACAGGCUAAGUAUAAAAUGAAGUUUUUGUGUGCACAAUUCAAGUGGACUGUAAACUGUUGGUAUAUUCAGUGAUGCAGUUCUGAACUUGUAAUGUAUAUGGCAUGAUGUAUUUUUAUCUUACAGAAUAAAUCAAUUGUAUAUAUUUUUCUCUUGAUAAAUAGCUGUAUGAAAUUGGUUUCUUGAAUAUUUUUCUUCUCUUGUACAAUAUUCUGACAUCCUACCAGUAUUUGUCCUACCGGGUUUUUGUUGUUUUCUGUUCUGUACAAUAGUAUCUAAUGUUGGCAAAAAUUGAAUUUUUUGAAGUAUACAGAGUGUUAUGGGUUUUGGAAUUUGUGGACACAGAUUUAGAAGAUCACCAUUUACAAAUAAAGUAUUUUACAUCUAUAAA